AUGAAAGUGCGUUUUUUUCCGCUGCAGAAAGACACGACGAGGAGGAUUUAUUUGAUCAGGAAUGGUGAGCCCGCCGAGUUCGGUGGAUGGCGAACCAACGGCGCAUUUCGGAAUCACAAUGCACUUGCUAAAAUGGAUACGAGUCAGACGGUGGUAACAGUAGCGCGAACUGGCGGUCCGGAUUGCUAUUCGGACGAUCCACCGUUGACGCAAACUGGACGAGCUGGCGCAGAACUGGUCGGCCGUUCUUUAUCCGAAAGAAGCCUAAAUAUACAUACAGUUUAUACCUCUCCCUCACUCAGGUGUUUACAGACAGCAAGCGCUAUCAUAUCAGCGCUAAAUAGCCGUAAGCCGCCACGGUUACGCAUCGAACCAGCCCUGUUCGAGCCACUAAGCUUCAUUACCAGGGUUUGUCCUACUGUUAUUUAA